AUGAUUGCGUUGACGACACAAGAAAGUUUGGUGUAUUCAAAAAGUCCGAUCUCGAAAGAAUCAAAAUUUCUUUGUUCACCAUCAACAUUAGAACCAGAAGAAUUUGAUAAUUAUAUUCAACAAGAAUAUGGAGCUUUUUGGGGAACAUUAAAAUUCGAAAAUUCGCUAAAUAAUUAUUCAAAUGAAGCUCGACCAUUUCUCUAUGUUGAUGAUAGUAUUGAUUUAGAUGCUCUACAAUAUUUCAUGAUCAAUGAAUGGAAAUUACAACCAGCGAAUAUUGUUAUUCCGGUUUUAAGUGGUGUAACCAAUAAUAAACCAUUCAAAAGUUUGAAAACAACUGAAACCUUAAAAAAUGGUAUCAAAAAUGCUGCCAAUGCAUCGGAAGUAUGGUUUAUUACCAAUGGUCUCACAACAGGUGUUCCACAAUUAAUUGGAGAUGCUUUUCGAGAUGAAAUUUCAAUGAGAAGAGAAGAUGAUGCAUGGACAAUAAAGAUGAAACGAGAACCGAAAAAACGGAAAACACUUAUUUUAAUUGGUAUUGUAUGUAGUGAUGAAAUCAAAGAUAUUCUGGAUUUUAAAACAGCAAAAGAUAAAUCCAAAAUGGAAGUCAAAGUUCCGCGACGAAAGCGUCAUAAAUUAUCCUUAAAUAGUGAUCAUACACACUUUAUCAUCAUCCGUGAAAAACCAAUUGGUAUGAAUUCGAAUAAUAAUUUCGAAAUAAAACCUCCAGUCAGCAAUAUGGGUGAAAAACAAUUAGAAAAAUUAAUCGAUUCAGCAGAAAGUGCAACGAAUCGAUUUCGUGAUCGUUUUGAAGAUUUUUUAUACCAAGGUAUAUCACAACAACAAUUGCCAGCAGCAACAACAAUUCCACCAGCUACCCCUGAUGGCAAUGCGACAGCGACAUCGGAAGAACCGAAUCAAUGGAGUAAAAAUGGAUUUCCAAUGGUAUGUAUAUUCGUGCGUGGAACACCGGGAACAAUCGAACUUUUAUACCGAAAAAUUCAACAAGAAGUCCCAGUGGUGAUUCUCAAAGGAACUGGAUCAGCUGCGGACAUUAUCGCUUUCGCUUACGAAGAAAUCAGUGCAAAAAAUUAUAAAGAAUAUGAAGAUAGUUAUUUGAAGGUUGAAUUAUCACGACGUUUACUCGAAGAAUAUUCCGCUUUGAAAGAUAAUAAUGUGAAACGAAAUGAAAUUUGUGAUCAUAUUAUCUACAUUGUCAAAAAAGCCGAUCAAGACAAACGCAAAUUCCUCACAUUCGUCGAUGUGAAUAGCACAACAUCAUCGUUAAAUUAUUUUCAUAAAUAUAUUCUCUCCACUCUUUUACAGUCACAAAAAAAGGCCAUGGAAAUUAAGGAGAAUUUUCAAUUGGAAGAAAAUCUUCGUCUAACACUCGAUUGGAAUCUACCGGAUUUAGCUUUGUCGGAAAUUUUUCAACAUGAUGAUAUGAAAUAUUCCAUACCAACAGAUUUAUUCGAUAAAGCCGUGUUAGGCAAGAAACUCGAACCAUUCGUCGAUUUAUUUCUUGAUCAAGAAUUCUUUUUACAUCGAUAUUUGACAUCUGAUAAAUUAGUUUGUUUGUUUAAUGAAGCUGAAGAUCGAGAAUUCUUCACAACUACAUCACUCGAAGGAAUUCUUGGUUUAACUAGAGAUGAAGAAAAAGUGCCACAAGAUUUUGUUGAACAUGGUCUUAAUAUCAUCAUUAAACGUUUAACACGUAUCGAUUAUUUCUUUAGGAGACGUGAAAUGGAUUGUUAUGCCAUAGGAGUUUAUUUUGGUCAAACAUCAGAUAAAGAAAUUCAACGACAAAGAAUACGCGCAGAGAAAAAAGCUCUUCGAUGUUUGAUUAUCUAUGCAGUAUUAAUGAAUCGACAUGAACUGGCCAUGAUUCUUUGGAAACGUUCAACGGAACCGAUUCAAAUGGCAUUGAUCUGUUAUAUGAUGUUCAAAAACUUGGCAUUCUAUUAUCGUGGAUCCGUUGAACGGGUAUUAAUCGAAAAACAGGCUAAGUGA